AUGAAGCCACUUGUGAACGUUGCCAUCACCCAGAUCCUCCUGGUUCUAUCCACUAUCACAGGUAGUAUUGUGAAGAUAAGAGCCUUUCAUGUCCCGACCAAACUUAAUAAUCCGCCACUUCAUGUCCAAAGCAAAACAUUUGCGAAUCAACCCAGAUUCUCCCCUUCUAUAGUAUCAUCCUCCACAACCAGACUGCAUGCCAUUCCUACCGCUACUGCUAGUACCAUGAGCCAGAUUCUACUACGAGGCGGUGCCGCCGUGGCGUUGGACAUGAGUCGCGAAGGGUACAAACUCCAAAGUAUGGCCACGUACAGUACCAUUACCGCCCUCAUUAUGAAUGCCUGUUUGCGUCUCUACACGAGUCAAAAAUUCUCCUCCAAACACAACAACAAGAAUACGCGAUGGACGGAAAAUGCCUUUAUUGCGCUGACGACCACGUGCAUUAUUUGUGGGGCGUUUACUGCCGUCUUGUUUAAUAUAUUGGGCAUUUACAGCAAGGAAUCACUCGGCAUGCGCAAUGACGCCGGAUACCUGGCAUUUCAAACCGCCACGGCCGUGUAUCGCAAAUGGGGAUUCCGAACGUUCCUCGUGACGUGUUGGUGCUUUGUGGGAAGCUUUUUAUUGACCGUCUACGAAAAAUCCAUCCAGGAAUGUCAAACCACAUUGGGACGAGUGGUGCUGGUAGCCAGUGUCAUCAUGGCAUUGGUGGCGGGAUUCCGAAUUCACGAAAUACUCGUGUUGGCCACCAAGUUGAUUUACACACCCGCGGCUUGUAAACUCAAUCAUAUUGCUUAG